AUGAUUACACCAAAGUUUAACGUUAAUCAGGAUGAAGAGUUUAUCUAUAUCAAGCUUCACAUAUCAAAUAUUAGGUUCAAUGCUCCUGGGUUAGAAAUAGUGGUGGAUGGAAAUUUGUUUGUUUUCCACCUGUCACCAUAUUACCUAAGGUUAAGAUUCCCACAUGAAAUGGUUGACGAUGAAAGAUGCACCGCUCAGUAUAACUCAAACGAUGAAAGUAUAGCUGUCAAAGUUCCCAAGACACUUAAGGGUCAGGUUUUUGAAGAUUUGGAUCUUUCUACCAAAUUACUUGCCCGACAGGGAGAAAUAUUGGCUCUGGAUGGAAUUGAAGCUAGGGAGAAGUUGUCAAAGGUUGCCGGGAAAUCAUUGAUUGAGGAAGUUGGAGGUGCAUCUGAUAUAAAUGGUAGGCUAUCACAAACUAAGGAGAAAUUUGAUUGGAAAGAAAGGCAACAGUUACAAGAAACUGGCGAGAAGUUUAAUUGGGAAUUAAAGCAAGAGUUACAAGAUUCUAGUGAUAUGUUGUUGAACCAUAAGUAUGGAUUUGACGAUCAAUAUGAAUCUAUAAUAAGGAUAUCUUUGUCUAAUGGUAAUGACAUAAAUGAAUUAGAUGAUCCUGAAAAUACUUCGAUGGAUUCUAGGGUUCUCGAAAGGAUCAGUAAGGAGAAUUUGAAAUUUGAUCCUGAAUAUUAUAUCUCUGAGUAUAUGACCUUCAAGUAUGGGUCCAAAGAGGAAUUGGAUAUUAAUGGCAUAAAUACACUACUAAAGUUCAUUCCUACUCUUCCUAAGGCGUACCUAAAAUGGUAUAAGCACGCUGAGAACAAAGAUAUAACUAUGCCUGUUGAAUUCAAUGGCAAAGAACAGGAGAUAAUGCAGAAUAAUAUUCCAAAAAAAGAAUAUCUUGUGUCGGAUAUAAAACCAUUAUAUCUGACUAUACUAUCUUUACUGUUUGCUCAGACUUUCGAACAAAUUGAAAACGAAGGUUCUCAUAACACUGAAUCUGCAUGGACAAUUGGCAAACUGACACCACAAAUUAGUUUUUUGGAUCAACAAAUCCUACCACAGGAUUUAAUAGAGAAAUUCUCCAUUAUCAAAGCUGUAAUAGUUACAGGUAUGCGACGCUCUUUAAGUUACCCGCUACAUCGAAACUAUGAUUUAUCUAUGAAAUGUUGGAAUUACGUUUACUAUAUUCUUCGCGGCGGGAAAAGGUUGGUCUUGCGUGCACUGUUAGAUAUACAUGAAGUGUUUCGUUUCCAUGAGGUUUACUAUGUUUAUAAUAAGAUUCUGCUAGACGACCUAUGUUCUUGGUUUUUAUUAAAUGGAAGCGAGCAUCUCAUAAGAUCGUUAGCAGUAGACUUGAAGAGGGAAUUAGAUGCAUUACAGAAGAAAGAAAUCGAAUUUGACUGCGUGGUUGGACCGGAUGAAAAUAGUGGAGAGGUGUUAUGGGAAAAUCUAACUUUAGAAGAGAUGGAAUAUUUAGCAGAACAGGAGUACUUAGAAUCAAACCCAACCAAUGGUCGGCAGUGA